GGCACAAACGCCGUCCUGCUGUUGAGAAAUCACCAAAACUCCGUGUUUGUGGGCGACAAACAGCAGCCGACCUAUAAAUGCGGAGCAGAAGACCAGCGCUCUUCAUGCUCUUCAUCGGCUGAAGAUGAGAAGCUUCUUCCUCCUGCUGGCCCUGCUUUGGGCGUGCGACGGCGCCUCCUUCGGACCGCUCUGUGAAGGAAACCCGUUCAACAGGGUCCGUGGUUCUGACCGAUGGGGAUCGGGUCACUACGGAGCCAGUCGGGCGGGCCGGCAGCACAAAGGCCUGGACGUGGAGUGUGAGGACGGCUCGGCGGUCUACGCCCCCUUCGACGUGACGCUGCACGGGAGGCUCACCGUCUACACCGACCGCAACAAGGAGGCCAUCAACGAGGGCAUCAACCUGCGAGGAGAGGGUCUGUGCUUCAAGCUGUUUUACGUCAGGCCCGUCAGAACCUCGGGGUCGCUGAGGAAGGGCGAGCGGAUCGGAACCAUGCUGCCCAUGCAGAGCGUCUACCCCGGGAUCACCUCGCACGUCCACGUGCAGAUGUGUGACAAAAGCGACCCCACGCCGUACUUCUGAACGCCGCCGUGAUGCCCCGCCCCUUUCAGGACGCUGCUGGAGGACAGACGAGGGUUUCCUGUGAAAUAAAGUUCGGUUUCUACCAGAA